AGCAAACAUUUCUGACCUCAGGAUGUCGAGGCGACUCUCCAGAACCCCAGUCUGGAGGCUGGACAGAUUCAUAGAGGAGCACCUCCUUCCUGACACCUCCUUCGUUACUGAGGUCAGAGCAGACAUUGACUUUAUAUGUGCUUUCCUGACUGAGAGAUGCUUCCAAGGUGCCACCCACCCUGUGAGGGUCUCUAGGAUUGUGAAGGGUGGCUGGUUCAAUAAAUACACCAUGCUCAAGGGAAGGUCAGAGGCCACCCUGGUGGUGUUCCUUACCAAUCUCACCUGCUUUGAGGAUCAGUUAAAGCGACGGGAAGAGUUCAUUGAGGAAAUUUGGAAACACCUGUGCCAGUUGCAGCAAGAGAAACAGUUUAAACUGAAUUUUGAGGUCCAGAGCACAGAACAGCCCGACUCCAGGUCUCUGAGCAUCAAGCUGAGCUCGCCCCAGCUCCAGCAGGAGGUGGAGUUUGAUGUGCAGCCAGCCUAUGAUGUCCUGUAUGAGCUAAGAGACAAGGACGACUUUAACCCGGAUAACUACAGGGAAAUCUAUGCCCGCCUUAUCCGUGAGAGCACCACCCUGGAGAUGGAGGGCGAGUUCUCCGUCUGCUUCACGGACCUUCAUCAGAACUUCCUGAAGUAUCGUGCACCCAAGCUGUGGAAUAUCAUCCGUCUGGUCAAGCACUGGUAUCAACUGUGUAAGAAGAGGCUGAAGUAUCCGCUGCCUCCACAGUACGCCCUGGAGCUGCUCACGGUCUAUGCCUGGGAGCAUGGGCUGGAAGACCGCCCUGCACUACAUACAGGCCGCUGUUUCCGAAGUGUCUUAGAUCUGAUCACAGAGUACAAGAAGCUUCGAAUCUACUGGACAUGGUGCUAUGAAUUCAAAAAAGAGACCUUUGACUAUCUGAGCAGACAGAUAAAAAAAGACAGGCCUGUGAUCCUGGACCCUGCUGACCCAACAAGGAACGUGGCUGGUUCAAACAUCCAAUCCUGGCACGUGCUAGCAAAAGAAGCUGCGGCCUGGGCGCAGUCGUCUUUCUUUAGGAACAGUGAUAUGACCUUCGUCAACAGCUGGAACGUGUCGGCACAGAAACAAGAAUGUGUCUACCAGUGAGCACCACAGCCCUUGCCCAGGAGGCUCUGGAGUCAGGGGCAUUCACUCCUCUGCUGCAAGACCUCGUCCUGGAGAGAACAGUUUGGUGCACCAGGCUCCAGUGAGGGGCACCCAACCUGUGAUCAAACUCCAGGCUUCUGAUCCCGUCCUGCCCAUGGGACAGCCUUCCUCACAGCCUGCUUCACCCGCCUUAUCCCCCACAGUGUUCUCUGGGAGUCGGACUCUGAAGGAAAGAAGAGUUCAAACGUGGCUUCUGUCUGUCCACCCGUGGGGAGGCUCUGUCCACAAACAUGUCUGAUCAUCAACAAUCGACCACAGCAAUCCCUGAGGGAGUGUGCACUCGGAGGGGUGAGUCCUCAGCCCACAUAGGAACUGCUCAGCAGAGGAGCGUGGCCCUGGAACGCUGGGGAUCUGGCCAGUGUGCAUCGAGGUGCACUGUUGGGCAAAGUAUGAGCUGGGGGUAUGGCAGUGCAGGGAAAUAAAAUUGUAUGCACUUUAAAACUUAGGGCCUUAAAACUUAGAUGUGUGUGCGUGUGAGGAUGAGAUUUGAAGCCCUGAAUUAAAGUAAAAUGCAAA